GGGGCGGGAGGCUCGGGGCCGCCCCCGGGCACGGCCCCCCAGUAGCGCUGGGAGCGGAGCGGGAGCGGACCAUGCCGUACCUCCUGAUCAGCACCCAGAUCCGCAUGGAGGUUGGCCCCACCAUGGUGGGAGAUGAACAUUCGGACCCCAGCCUGAUGACCUUCCUGGGUGCCACGAAGAGGAACAUGCUGGGGAACAACUUCUCCGAGUACUACGUGAACGAGGCGCCGCGGGUUGUCCUGAACAAGCUGGAGAGCUGUGGCUACCGGGUGGUGAGCAUGACGGGUGUGGGGCAGACCCUGGUGUGGUGCCUCCACAAGGAGUAGCAAGCAAGACUCCUGCCUUCCUCCUGGCCAACAUCCUGCUGGAGAUCACCUUGCACGGGACUGAUAGCAAACCUUCCCCCACCGUUCCUUUCUGUCUCUGACUCCAGGCACUUGGGCACAGGGGAGGGAGUGGUGUAGAGGCACAACUUGACCUGGCGGAAGCUUUCCAUCCUGCUCUUUCACAAGUCUGGGGAAAGGAAGGGCUGCCCAGUCCAGAUGAAAUCAGGCAUUGAGAGCAGAUGGCUCCACCUCUGCACUCAGAUGAACAGCAGGCUGGAAAACACCAUCUCUUCAUACCUUCAUCAUCAUCUACUCAGUGUACACUGGAGGAAGUUCCAGUAGUCCUCUGCCUGUUCCGCCCCAGAGAGGUCCAUGCUGGGCUGUGAGGUCAGGGCAUGUCUUCUCCUGGGCUGUGGGAGUAGGGAGGAGAAGCCAAGCAUGGAUGGCAUCCAUCUCAUCCCUGAGACAUAAGCAAGAUGUGCCCAACCUACGCAGUGCUCCUUGACAACCCCUUCACCCAGCAGCAAGCCUGGUUCCUCUACAAGUGGGACUGUGGUUAGCAGCAGCAGCCUUCCAACCCCAAAAGUGCUGUUUGGGUGUAACCCUGAUCCUGAAACAGCCUCAGAACAGCACAGGAAACUCUUGGGGACAUUUUGGGUACAGGCUUUGUAACCUCAGCUGAGCAACAGCCACACUGGAUGGUUUGGGACUGUGCAUAGCUACUGGGGGUAACACCAAUAAAAUUCCUCUCAAGAGACCAA